UGAAUCAUAAAUUAAGAGUUAUUAGAUUUGAAACAUGAUGUAGAAGAUAAUGGAAGUGCUGAAGGAACUACAAUCGUUGAGCAAUCUGGAGUUUUCGCAUCAGAUGGGAUUCGGUACCGGAAUUCGACAGCGAUAAUGACAACAGCAGUUGGGGAGAUGAAGAUUUCUAAGGGACGGCAAGGACCAGAAGCGCAGAAUCAUGUAAGGUUUAUAUUGCGGCUUAAGGAAGUUGGAACUGAUGUUUUAAUUACUGCAUAUGAACCGUUUGUGAUAAAUCCUCUUAGUGAAAGUGCAAAUUCUGUUGGAGCUCCCUGCGGUGCUAACUUGAAAGUCCGUGACUGGAACCUUUUCGCUGCUUGAAGCUUGAAAAGGUUUGGAAUUUAGGGAACUGCCGAACUUAUUUUUCUUUAUUUUGCUUGCAAUUUCUUAGUAGUGCAAACAGUUCUGGAAUGUAAAGCAAAUGCUUUGGCGGUCCUCUAAAUAUAAUUUGUUUUCUUUUGAGAAGAAGCAGAACCCAUUUUGGAUUUUCUCGUGAUUUGUCAUGUUGCACGAAAAUAGCAUCUUUGUGUUGGUGAUUUUGUAGCCAGAGAAUAGUAAAGUAACUACAUGAAGAUAAGAGGCAAUAUAUAUAUAUAUAUAUAUAAGAUUUAAUGAGAGUACUGAAAGACUGAGUAGAGAAAGAGAGAUGAGAAGGGUGUUAUGUACGUUUUCAUCAUUUUGGUCUCUAGUUAUCAUUCUUCUUCUUGUAAGUUCUCUGGAAUUUUGUAUUGGUCAGAAUGAGAAUGGGUUCAGCAGAAGUGAUUUCCCACCAAACUUUAUCUUUGGUGCAGGAAGCUCAGCUUAUCAGGUUGAAGGCGCUGUGAAUGAGGAUGGAAGAACUCCUAGCAUAUGGGAUACGUAUUCUCAUUCUGGAAAAUUACCGAACAACGUUAACGGGGACAUAGCCGCCGAUCAAUAUCACAGAUAUAAGGAAGAUGUUAAACUCAUGAAGGAUACAGGUCUAGAUGCCUACAGAUUUUCCAUCUCAUGGCCAAGGCUUAUACCAAAUGGAAGAGGACCUGUGAAUCCUAGGGGUGUAGAGUACUAUAACAACCUCAUCAAUGAACUUAUCAGCCAUGGAAUUGAAGCACAUGUUACACUUUUUCAUUAUGAUAUUCCUCAGGCACUCCAAGACGAGUAUGGAGGAUGGUUGAGCCGAAAGAUUGUGAAAGACUUCACAUCAUACGCCCAUGUGUGCUUUAAAGAAUUUGGUGACAGAGUUUCGACAUGGACAACGAUGAAUGAGGCUAAUGUGCUUGCCUUUGCGUCCUACGGCAUGGGAACUCUGCCGCCACAAAGGUGUUCUUCUCCAUUUGGGGUCCGUAAUUGUACAAGUGGUAACUCCACAACAGAGCCGUAUAUUGUUACCCAUAACUGUUUGCUAUCUCAUGCAUCAGCUGCAAGAUUGUAUAAGAACAAAUACCAGGGUAAACAACAUGGACUUAUAGGAUUUAACCUCUUCGGUUUUGGGUUCAGUCCUGUGACAAAUUCUGCAGAAGAUAUUGCAGCAACACGAAGGGCCAAUGAUUUCUAUUUGGGUUGGUUUGCUGGGCCUUUUGUUUUUGGUGACUAUCCUGAACCAAUGAAGAGAAAUGUUGGCUCCAGACUUCCUUCUUUCACCCCAUAUGAAGCUAAACUAGUUAAGGGCUCAUGUGACUUUUUUGGAGUGAAUCAUUAUGCAUCUCUGCAAACAAAGGACAAUCCGCAAAGUCUACUAAUCCAAUCACGAGAUUUUAUUUUGGAUAUGGCUGUCAAGUUUAUAUCUAAUUGGUCAGGAGAAGGUGUAUUGCCUGCCGAAUUCCCUAUUACACCAUCGGGGCUGCAAGAAGUUCUGGAGUAUUUUAAGCAAUUCUAUGGAAACCCCCUCAUGUUUAUUCAUGAAAAUGGUCAAAGGCUGUUAAGCGCACCCCGUGAAACAUCAAUGAACGACACGUCGAGGGUGAAUUACUUGAAAGGUUACAUUGGAGGUUUGCUUGAUGCAGUGAGGAACGGAUCCAACACAAAAGGGUACUUCACAUGGAGUUUCUUAGACUCAUUCGAAUUGUUAGACGGCUACACUUCAAAUUUCGGCCUUUACUAUGUGGAUAUGAUCAAUGACCCGGAGUUAAAGAGAUACCCAAAGCUUUCAGCACAUUGGUAUUCAAAUUUUCUCAAGGUCAAGGGAGGGAACAAAAUAAUCAGUACCAUUUCGACGUCAACAGAUGAAAUUUCUCGUUUUUCACAGUAGAAAGUUGAUUUUCCUUCAUAUUUAAAACAAUAAAAUUCUCUUGAUAAGUAAUAUUUUUCAUUUGUAAGCCAUUGAGCACUGGAGUUAAAUUUUAUUGAAGGAAAAAUGAAAAACAGUCUGGCCCACUUUCUCCCGA